CGUGCGUCUCCUUCAAACCCUGCCCUAUAAAUUCAUCUGCGUGUUAUUCUCGCAAUCCCUCUCUCUCUCUCUCGCCGCUCGCUCCUGUCCCCAACCCGAGCCCGAGAGAAUCUCUUCCUGCAAUCAAUCAUGUUGGUUUACCAGGACCUCCUCUCCGGUGAUGAGCUUCUCUCGGACUCCUUCCCAUACAGGGAAAUUGAGAAUGGAUGUUUGUGGGAAGUUGAUGGAAAGUGGGUUGUUCAAGGAGCAGUUGAUGUAGACAUUGGUGCAAACCCUUCUGCUGAAGGUGGAGGAGAAGAUGAGGGAGUUGAUGACCAAGCUGUGAAGGUUGUUGACAUUGUCGACACCUUUAGACUCCAGGAGCAACCUCCUUUUGACAAGAAGAUGUUUGUUACCUUCAUUAAGAGGUAUAUCAAGAAUUUGACACCUAAACUUGAUGAAGAGAACCAAGUGCUAUUUAAAAAGCACAUUGAGGGAGCAACUAAGUACCUUCUCUCCAAGCUCAGUGAUCUUCAGUUUUUCGUUGGGGAGAGCAUGCAUGAUGAUGGCAGCUUGGUCUUUGCCUACUACAAGGAUGGUGCUGCCGAUCCUACAUUUCUGUACUUUGCACAAGGUUUGAAGGAGGUGAAGUGCUGAGCGGGCAUACCUGGCUAGGGCGUCAUCUCAGCUAGUUUUUGUUAUGUCAUUUUCUCUGAAAAAUUUCCAUGGUCUUUUGGUUUGAUGUCAUUACUAUUAUGAUUGAACAAUCGGACACUAAUUAAGAGUAUUGUGUGCUUUAUUAAUGUGUCCUCAAGUGAAGUUUAGAAUUCUUCCAGUUUAUUUCUAUUUAGAAAAGAAAUCUCUGCAUUUUGAGUUAUUAAA